UAUCAAUACUCCGCAUUCCUUUACAGUACAAGCAGGUAGCUGGUGCUGAACUCACCAUUUUCGUUGUUUGUCCCCGUUGAUUUACAUUCCUCAGUGAUCUUUGUAAAAGGAGGACCUCUAAACACUACUUCUGUUUCACUGACAUCGCCAUUUGAAAUGGGAAACUCGGAGACGAAAGAGGAGCAACAGCUGAAGGCGGAUUCUCAACAGAGUGCGCCAUCUUCGAGAGGAAAAACUCUGAGCGAUACGAAGAAAAUCUUUCUUCUUCACAAGUCAACUGGUGAGCAACUUAAAGUGGUGAGGAAUUUUCGCGACGCUCUGACCACGGCCGCGCAUGGCAGUAUUCGCGUGGCGAAUGAUGUAAAUAUCGCUGACGGAAAAGAUGAUUCGUUGAAAGAUCUUCCCUGGCUUGAAGAAUUAAACAACGUUGUCUUGAUUUGCCUAACAUCAGAAGCCAUUGCCCAGCUGGAAAAAAUUGUCCGUGAUAAGGGAUUCGCCGAUGAAAAUGGUCAUCUACAUGGAAAGGUUUUCAGUAUUUCAUUUGGAGGAAGUCUUGCAUCUGAAUGGCCUCCUACAGGAUUACAAAGGGGUUCACUCGACGCAAGAGAUUUUCAUUUUGGGUUUUCAGAGGUGGCGAAGCUUAAGCCACAAGAUUUUGAGAGAUCGGAAAAGAUGAAUGCCCUGGUUGCGGCAAUUAAAGGGACACAAUGAAACAGGAGUGGUGAAACUCGUUGAAUAAUGUUUUGUAAGUACCGUAUUUCUUAAACUUGGUGAACAUUGUGAAAAAUAGUUCUGUAUUACAUUGCUGAACUUCAGAGUAGCCUCAAUCGUAGAGGUUGUUGGUCGUAGUUUUAAUUUUAAACGUUUUUUGUUUUACUGUAAAAGCGAUUGAAGACUGACAUAACGAAUAGGUACUCAGAAUUAGCAUACAAUGUGACAUGAGGAUAUAGCAGGCAAUUCAUAGAAAAUAUUACAGUUCGAAGUACUAAUAAUUUGUUUACUUCCUUGAAUAUACACUCUUCGAGUUGUAAAUUUUCAAUAUAGUUUCAAAGAACUCAUCCUCGUCUAGGAGUUGCAUUUUAUUUUGUAAAGCGAAGUUUGCAAUAAAAUGUUUUGAAAUUUCA